UGUUGUACGCAAACUUUUGUUGACUGUGCCGCGUGCUUCAGUAAAAUAUUUUUAGUGGAUUCUAAACUGAAAUUUCUUUAAUAACUAAUUAAAAUAACUAAUUAAAAUAAGUGCCAGUGAGCUCCAAAUAUGGGAAAACUCAACAAAAAAUUGCUUCAAUCAAAACCAAACCUCCAGCAAGACAAAAAAGCUGCUGAUUCCAAAGCAGUAUCCGGUCCUUUUCCUAUAUACCGCACCAUACCUGUUCAGCUGAAUGGACCAGAACCGAAAAGUUUCAAAGUUUCGGCAAAAUCCAAAGCUAAAGUUGCUAAGCCAGUGGUAUCGGAGGCAAAACCGGAACUACCGAAACCAAGCAAGGAUGAACCUAUCGACUCUGGUAAAAUCAAAAAGCUUCGCAAGACUACCAUCAGCAGGUUGAAUAAAAAAGAAAAGGUCAAAUUCCGAAAAGAGGAAAUCCUAAAAAAGAUCGAACUCACUCAAAAAGCGUUCAAAGAGGACAAACUGAAGAAAAAGCGCGAGAAGACGGCUGUCACGGGAGACAUGAGACCCUUGCUGGAUGCCCUGCCCUCGUUGGAUUCGCUGUUCAAGAUGAAAUCGACCGCCGACAGCAUCAAAACCGGAGUUCCCAAAUUUGACAAAAAGGCGGUUCCCAAGACGAAACAGCAGCUCAAGGUGGAACGGCUGAAGAAGAAAAAGGUUGACUUCCUGGCACGCUGCCAGAAGGUGAACCAGGUUCUCAAGUCGAAAAAGUGCAGGAAAAAUCCCAAAAAUAUGAUCGCCGAGCACAUUCGCAACACUCGGAAGGAACAGCUACAGCUGCUGAUGGGUGGGUCAUAGUUGGGUAGGUUUAAGGUGACAUUUGUACAGUUCAAUAUUGUAUCGGAAUGCUCUGCAUUUGGAAAUUAUUAGUACUGAUCGAUGCUCUGUCAGAAGUUUAAAUAAUAUAAUGAGUUUAUAAAUUAGAGAGUAAUAAAAUUAUGAAGUAUAAAUGAA